AUGUUUGGCGUGACCAACCGGAUCAGCGAGGACGGACUGUUUUCAAUUUUCAAGACCGCGACACACACCAGCAUGGCGUUACACAGGCAGACCUUACGUGGACUCACGCGAUUGCUGAAAAUUGAAACACCAAGCAGAGGCCGCGGUGCAUGUAAAGCGCCGCCGCGGGACUCUUGCUCGGGCAGCGCUGCGCCGGAGUGUCCUCCGUGCGAGGCGCGCGCGCCGCCCGCCUGCCGCGCGCCGGCGCGCGCCGCCCUGCGCGGGCUGCGCGUCGCCUGCCGCCCGCCCCCGCGCACCGCCCGCCCGCCCUGCCCAGCGCGACACCCGCCCUGCGCUCUCACCUGCGAACAUCUGCCCGCACAGAAUGCUUCGGAGACCUUAUCAAUGAACGAAUUCCAGUGCAAUACACAGUCACCAUAUUCGACGAGUGGAAGAUGUGGAGAUACCUUAGAUCGCGUAGCACAGCGCAUCUCAGCUGCAAAGCUCGCGCGUCGCCUCGACUAUGAACGCGAAGUAGCCGAACGAAAGAAAGCCAUUGCGCCGCCACCGCCACCCGCCGAUUACUUGCUUGGUGCCGACCGUGAAACGGUGCGCGCCACUGACGGUCGUGACUACAUCGUGCUGCCUCCACAUCCUACUGCUACAUCAGAUUCGACUAUACAACGCCGAACUAAUACAGCGUCGGGUACUGUUGAAUUAGAUCCCUCCACAAGUUGUGCUAUUAACAGAGUUCCUCACGUAGACCCUUGUGCACAUCAUCCACGUAUUUUACUUACAAUCGAUCGCAGCGAUGCUAAUAAUUCAUCCUCUUCUCAACGUUUAUCUUCUCCGCCAAAUUCUGUCUCCAAACCAUCACGAUGCACAACUUCUAAUAACCAGUUUCGAUCUCAAGAUAAAAGCGGGUUAAGUAAAAAAAAUGAUAAUAAAGUAACCGUCCCAAAGAAACAAUGUAAUGGAAACAGCCCCGAAAAACUCAAAAACUGGUGCUCUUCUCCACCACAAAUAGCACCCGAGCCACCUCGUUGUCGGCAGCCUUCUCUUGUCGAACGAUUGCGACGCCGACCCAAGAGUUCUUGUGGAGGGGUACGCAAAUUACACUCAGCAAUAUCUAAUUUGGCGAAAUACGACAACAACAAAAUUGACAAACAUGUUAUAUCAAAAGCUGAAUUGCAGUCCAUUAUUUCUCAAAUAAUUGCCGAUUCAGAAAAAUUAAAUAAAAUGCUCAGUGAAAGAGAUAAACUAAAAGAAGCAGCAAGAGGUCGAAUUAUACUUAAAGAUCAAAAGGAAAAGCCUAUACAGAGUGGACGCUUAGAUCUCCCUGUGCCGGCCGGCACGCAGGCUCUGCAAGUACGAGUGACUUUGCGUUAA